CCUGGGAAAGGCGCUGCCAACCCCGCUCAAGGAAUGGAACACACCCGGAACUUGAGUUCCUUAUUGAUUCAUCAAAAACACACUUUGGUUUGCAGUCAGGCACAGCGUGUGUGCACGGAUGUGUAAUGUUGAACUUUAAAGAGGGCUAAAACAUGUCUGGGGUGGAAGUUGCCAAAGAGGAACUUAAGGAGAUAGACAUAUGUGACAUCUGCUCGGAGGAGGAGAGCGGAGUUUUCGUUAACUCAGGUGCGUCGUACCUUGACGGCUUCUCAGCGUUUCACAAAUGGGUUUCAAAGAGACGUUCAGUUUCGGAUGAAAACUGUGAGUGCGCCAAAACAGCUUCGGUCUCACCAUGCAAGUGCGCAAAAAUGUCUCAUGGAGCACCAGCUGGAGAGAUCCGUAUGGAGAAAGCAGUAGGAGGAGGUGGAGGGGGGCUCCAUGAAGCAGAUGUGUAUUCGGAUGAAGAGGAGCUGAGAGUCUCCCGGGCAUCAUCUAUAGUGGACUGUCUGUUAGUGGAGCUCUAUGACACGUACAGUAAUAGUGUCAGAGGGGUGGACAGCUCGACCGAAGCCUCCAGCUCAGAUGCCUUCCUGGGAAGAAGUAACACUGGUUCCAACUUUCUCCAAGAACUUCAGGAAAAGCACACGAGACGCCAUCAGAUGAAAUACCUGGCCCAAAAAGGUCCAGAAGAGCUGAAGUGGAUCAUUCAGGAAGUGAAGUAUCGAAUCGGUGUGCAGUCGGCCAAACUGGUGCGUCAGGUCAAGAGGAAGGACAGACUCCAGCAGAAAUUUCAGAAGAACUGUGAUAUAGUCACCGCCUGCCUGCAAGCUGUCUCUCAGAAAAGACGGGUGGACACCAGGUUGAAGUUCACUAUCGAACCUUCUUUAGGCAAGAACGGCUUUCAACAAUGGUACGAUGCACUGAAAGCAGUGGCCCGACUCCCAGUAGGUAUUCCCAAAGAGUGGAGGAAAAGGGUAUGGCUGACCCUGGCUGACCAGUACCUCCACAGCAUCUCCAUAGACUGGGAGAAAACGAUGAGAUUUGCCUUCAAUGAUCGCAGCAAUCCAGAUGAUGACACUUUGGGAAUUCAAAUCGUGAAGGACCUGCACAGGACUGGCUGCAGUUCGUACUGUGGCCAGGAGGCGGAGCAGGACCGUGUGGUGCUGAAGAGGGUGCUGCUGGCAUACGCCCGCUGGAACAAGACUGUCGGAUACUGUCAGGGCUUUAAUGUUCUGGCUGCCCUCAUUCUGGAGGUCACAGAGGGAAAUGAAGGAGAUGCAUUAAAGGUGAUGAUCUAUUUGAUUGAUAAAGUGCUUCCUGAUAGCUACUUUGCCAAUAACCUGCGUGCCCUCUCAGUGGACAUGGCCGUGUUCAGAGAUCUGCUGCGACUGAAGCUUCCUGAACUUUCUCAGCAUCUCCACCAUCUCCAAAAAGUAGCCAAUCGGGAAGGAGGAGGCAGCUAUGAGCCUCCACUCACCAACGUUUUCACCAUGCAGUGGUUUCUGACCAUGUUUGCCACUUGUUUGCCCCAUCACACCGUGCUGAAGAUCUGGGACUCUGUCUUCUUUGAAGGGUCUGAAAUGCUGCUGCGUGUAGCUCUAGCUAUCUGGGCCAAACUCGGAGAGCGAAUUGAGGAGUGCCAGACUGCCGAUGAAUUUUACAGUACUAUGGGCUGCCUGACACAGGAAAUGCUGGAGCACAACCUUAUCGACUCCAAUGAACUCAUGCAGACGGUCUACUCCAUGGCCCCGUUCCCGUUUCCCCAGCUGGCUGAGCUCAGGGAGAAAUACACCUACAACAUCACCCCGUUCCCGACCCCUGUCAGAGCGAACAGCAGUCUAGCACUCCAUGGAUGGGAGAGUGAUGAUGAUGCUGACAUGGAUGAUGAAGACUCUAUUGUCACUGCUCUGGGUUGCCUGGGGCCUCUUGGAGGACUUCUGGCCCCUGAAAUCCAAAGAUACCAAAAGCACCUUAAGGAUCAGAGAGUGGAGCAGAGCUCUCACGGCAGUAACAUGGCCGAGCUCAGUCCCGGAGCGGUGGGCGCGGGACGGGCCGAGCACCAGGCGGCCAUCAACAGCAUGAUGCUGGAGCGCAUGAGCACCGACAUCAGCGCGCUGAAGAAACAGUACUCGCGCAUCAAACAAAAACAACAGCAGCAGGCCGGGCUCCUGUACAUCCAUACAGGACCUCGAGUGGAAGCUGAAACUAUUGAACCUCAUCAAGCCAGUAAACAACAGAAGCCCCACACCGAUAAGUGUCCAGCUACCAGUAUCCUUCCCUCCCAAAUCGGUCCCUCGCCUGUGGUCAACCAUCUUCUCCUGGGCAGGAGGCCCAGACCCGGUCAGCGAUCCUCAAAGAAUGGUAUCAUCCAUAAUGGCGGAGGUCCUCAAGCCCACUCCACACCCAACCAAGAUCAGAUGAUUCGGGCCAGACAUCAUUCGCCCUGGCGCACACAUGUGCGUGCGCACCGGAGGAACAUCGCCAGGGCGCGAGCGCAACUCGGAUUGGAUGAUUCUCUGGAGAUAGAAGAUGAACAAACGGAUGUGAGCAAAACAGAAGAAGCAUCUGAAGAAAGAAAAUGUGAGGAUGAAGAGCAAGAGAAGGUGGAGACCAUAAGCUCAGAUGUUUCUCAGCAAGACCACAGCUCUGGAGAAGGAGAGGGAGAAGAAGAUCUCCAGGAGAUCGACAAACAGUUGUCUUCUUUGGAACUGGAACCGGAACCAGAACCAGCUUCUGAUUCAGCUACACCAUCUCCACAACCAGAAGCAACUUCUGAUCCAACUACACCAUCUCCACAACCAGAAGCAGCUUCUGAUCCACCUACAUCAACUCCACUACCAGAAUCAGCUUCUAAUCUGAAUACACCAACUCCACCACCAGAACCACAGCCGGAGCCCAGACCCACGGCCUCAGCUCCGCUCCCAUCCACCCGCCGUACAGGUUCAGACUCCUCCAGCUCUGAAAGCGGCGGAGGCUCCCUCAAAAGAAGCCCUUCAGCGUCAGCAGGAGAACCUCCAAAACCACAGCAGAUCUUCUCUCCGUUCCCUUGCGUCAAAACCCCUCGCAAGUCCAUCACUGCGAGAAACUUAGGCCUCUACGGUCCAACCGCCAGGACUCCAAACGUGCACUUUCCCCAGAUGAGCAGAAGUGUGAACCAUGUUGGAAGCACCACAAAGCGCCGAUGAUGAAUUGUCGGCUACAGACGAGCACUUAUUUGAGUCUUCAUAUCAAUACAUUUGGGAUCAAAACUCCAACUAUGAAAGCACAUCUCUAGUAUGCUUCCAGAUACUCCAGAACAUCAACAUUUAGGAACAAUAUUGGAUAAUUUAAUGCUUCCAUGAAGUUUAUAACAUGAAUUUAUGAAGGAUGUUUCUUGUUUAUUUUCUUUUUAGUGAAACACUACCUAAACAUCUGGGAAUAAUAUCCAACAAACAUGAUCGGUUGAAGCUUUUGUGUCAUUGAAAGUAUCUCGUAUUGCAUGUUCAGAUCAGCAGUAUUUGCUACGAUGCACUGUGUAUGUUUACUUGCGCUUCAAAGCUAAGAAAAUCACGCUCACGUAUGUGAGAAAUACUCAUGCUAAGUGAAUGGGAAUUCUGCAGUUGUGCAUCACACAGGCCAAAAUGAUUUUUUAGCACCCAGAUACACUAUUUAAUCCUAUGAAGUCAACAAAUUGUCUAUGUUCGCUUGUUUCUGUUGUUUUUGACGAUACCGUGUGUUCAUUUUUCAAUCAUGUCAAGCCAUUUUCUCUUGAUCUCUCCUUAGUAAAUUAUUAAUUUUCCAUCUGGAAGACACAAGUUGCCAUUAAGUUCUCUUCUUGGAUGCUCUUAUUCUAAACCCACCUGCAAUUGAUCAUCCCUUUGAAUGUUUUUCUUCUCUCUCUUGGUGCUUAUGAGUAUUGGAGAAUCACAAACGCCCCCAGAGAAUAAAAGACAUGCAAGUAUGGAAUAAAACUCUUCGGUUUCUACUUAUUUAUGUGUUUUGUUUCCUCUCCAAUAAGUCAUUUGUGUUUGCAGCCACAGUAAAUCAAAUGACACCGAUCAAAACAUGUAAUCCAACUUUGUGGCAAACUGACUGGAAAUGAAUGCAUGUUGUAUAAAUGUGGCAUAUUCUGUUGUUUUGAACCAAGAUAAUUGGAUAUAUUGGAGACAAUAUCUCAUACUGACAUGGUUAUAUGAGUGUCUUCAGAGCCUAAUAGUGAUUUUGUUUUGUCAAAAGUUUUCGG